CUCUAAGCGCGCUCCGCGCGGACUGAGAGCGGGGCGUCGCUGCUGCGUGAUUUAUACGUGUUUUAAAAAAAUAUAAAUUUACGGCAAUGUAGGUCCCAUAGUUACGAUUUUUUUUUUAUAGGUUAACAUAAAGUUACAGUUUGCUAUAAUAUUAUUUUUAAAGCAAAAUAUGCGUACAAUUUGCGGAAAUAAAAUAUAAUAAAACCCUGUUUUCGCCAAAAAAAAGAAGAAAACUCGGAAGGUAUUUUAUCAGUUUUUUCAAAUGAAUCUUCGAUUGUUAAUCAUUCCAGCCCCUCGUACGAGAUAUGUUGAAUCAAAUUGUAGUCAUGUACCAAAUGAUUCUUGUUUAUAGCAAAAUUGAGAACCGAAACGCCACAUCUCACUGCAAAAUUUGGAAAAGACUCCCAAAAAACCUCAUUAAAAAAGAGGUUUAAAAGAGAAAAUGAAAAUUUGAACUGUUGGAGCCCCUAGUUUAGGAAACGAUUAUUUAAGUACGUUAUCAGUUUUUGAAUAAAUACUAAUAGUUACGUCGUAAUCUUGAAUGAAAAAGGAAGCAUUUUACAAAAUACGCUCGUCUGUAGGAAUAAGGACUCUUAAGUAAGACCAACGCUACUGUGGAGUAGUAAUGGUCGUGGACCAUCGGGCAUGCGUAACAUGGAGACUCUCCGAAUCAGGAAACACUAUCCAAAAAAUCGCAUAGCUGCGCGUCACGAUUGAAAAAGGGCUAUAAACGUCGUCUCAAGUGGGUGCCUUUAUCAGCCCUUAUCAGAUUAGGUACCAGCCAGCGAGGAUAAUGAAAUCAUCGAAAUUAAUCAUUUAAAUGAUAACUAGUGAUUGUGCGGCGCCAGUCCCUUGUCAACAAUAGUAUAAUAAACACAUUUGGAGUAAAAUCAAUAAAGAUAUUUAGUUACGGAAUAUUCUUUGAACGCCUGUCUGAUAGAUACUUGGAAGAAUAUUUUGAACGCCUAUCAAUUAGAGACAUAUUGGGAGCAGUGAAAUAUUUUGAAUUUCCAAUAACGCAUGUUUGAAGUGGAGAAUUUCGUACUUUUAUUUGGAUAAUAUUUUUUAAUUAAAGAAAUAACUCUUAGACUGCUGUCGAAGAAUUACUGUGAGAUAAAUAUAGUAAAGGAAUAAAGUAUGAGUGUGUUUAGAUUGAAUAGUUGUUGUUUCUGCAUCAACCUCGAUGUCGGCGCUAAGAUUACUGGAAUCGUAUGCGUGCUAUUUGCUGCAAUGUCAGCGACGCUGUUCGCGGUGCCGGCGCUGCUGCUGCGGCUGCCACCAGCCACCAUGUUGUUCUACAGCGUUGCUGCCGUCACUUCUGCACUACAGUUCAUCAGUGGCUGUGCCAUGGUCUGCGGACUGUUCCAAAAGCGUCCCAGCCUCAUGCAGCCAUGGCUGCUCCUCACGUGGACAGUAUGCGGCAGCCUGCUCCUGCUGUCCAGCGCGGGGACGGUCAUGAUGUACGUCAGCGGUGACGUCCGAGAGAGUUACGUCACCUCUAUCUAUUCCCUUUAUUCCAUGAUUCUCCUGUACUUGGCAAUAGUAGUCCGAAGUCGGCGGGAGGAACUGCUGGAUGAAAUAAAGUGGGACUCGGGGAAGCGGCUCAUGAGGCCUGCUGCAAUCGAGAAGAAUCUCUACGUGUAGGGGCUGAAGGUUCCAAUUCUUUGGGAAUCAUCGAAGCUGGCUAGGAUUCACUUCUUUCAGUCAUUGGUCGAUCAAGACUAUUACUUAUAGGCUGAAGGAGAAAUUUGGGAUGAAUAGGAAUCGAGGUGGUAAUACCUAUAAGAUAGAUUAAUAUAAAAGCUUUGUUAAAAUUGUUUGAAUAUAUUUUAUUGCUUUUGUUUUGAUAGCUUAAUUGCAACAA